AUGGUUAAGGUUGGGGACAGAGUCAAGGUGCGCGGGCUUGUUGGUGUUGUGCGGUACCUUGGCGAAACGAAGUUUGCUGCGGGGCAGUGGGUAGGGAUUGAGCUAGAUGAGGCAUUGGGCAAGAACGAUGGUUCGGUGCAAGGCGUGAACUAUUUCCGGCCUAGUAAGCGCGGGGGGCUGUACGGACUUUUUGCGCGUGCGGAGACGGUGGUGGUAGUGGCGGAUGGGCUACCGCGGUCGAGGCUUCCGAAGCCGCUGAAGACGCCUUCGGUCGACGGCGGUAGCCGCACAGCAAGCCCCGGGCCCACCAGUGUGGCCAGCAUGGCAACAGGGCGGCCGCGGAGCCGCACUACGCCGUCCAGGGAUUCAGGAACGUCCGCAGGGUCGCAGGAUAACGGCACGCCCCUGCGGAUGUCGGCGUCGCCGCGGUCGUCGGUGCCGCCGCCGUUGCUCAGCGGCUCGCCGGUGCUUCUGCCGCCGCUCGAAGAGACGAAGCUACAGAAGGUGGUGGAAAAGCUGCAGGAGAAGUUGUACCGGCUCCAUCUGGAGUGCAAGGAGCUGAAGCGGCGGUUGGAGGAGCAGGCGCAGUCGGAGAAGGUGGAGACGCUAGUGCGCGAUGUGGAGGUGCUGGCCAUUGCGAAGGUGUCACUGGAAGAGGAAAAGGAGGAACUCACGCAGCGGCUCUCAUCGCUGGAGGCAGACUACGCGACUGUCGUUGGUGAAUUGGGCCAAUAUCGCGAAGAAGUGGAACUGCGACGCAAGAUCGACCUGGAAGAGGCCUCGCGGGACGAUGUGGGCGCAGAUGUCCUCUGGAAACAGAACGAGCUGAUGAAAGAUGCCCUUCUUCAGCUGGAGGGCUCUUUAGAAGCGACCAACCAGCUUGUAGUAACCUUGCAGGAGGAGAAGGUGCAACUUGCAGAAGAUAACAAUCUUCUGCUGAAGAAUAUUGAGGAGCUGAAAAACCAGCUGUCAGAUGCCCAGUCUACGAUCGACGAUCUAGUAGCACAAGUGGAUGCGGAAGGGAAUGUUUCUCAUAUUGUUGAGUCGUUGACGACGCAAAACUUGGCGCUGACAGAGCAGAUCGAUCAGCUUAACAAGCAGCUGAACGAGGUCAGCAGCAAAAAUGAGGUCACUGCAGAGCUAGAACAGGUUUACAAAGAGGUGGAACGUGAACUCCUGCAGCAGAUCCACAGUCUCCAGCAAAAGGUGGAGGAUGAUGAGCUUGUAAUUUCGAGGCUGACAGAGAAGAAUGACGAACUGGAAUUUUUGCUGGAGAGCAACCAGCCAACAUCUGUAGAUGAUUCGAUUGUUGACGAUUUACGAAACACAAUUGUAAUUCUAGAAAACGAUAAGUGCAGGUUGAGGCUAGAUGCGGAGUUCCUCCACGAGAAAAUCAGAGCGCGGAAGCCAGAUCCCCUCAAAGAAUAUACUUAUCAGUUGAACUACCUUGCUAUGCUAGUGGGUGAUAACCCUUCUUAUGAGGAAACCCCCACGAUAGAGAUCAGAAUCACAUUGGUAUACUUGUCCGCGGUGUGUGAAACCAUUGCCGGCUUGUAUUCCAUGAAGUCAAUUGAGGAAGACAGUGUUGAUUAUAUAAUCAACGCCAUUCCGCUCGACAAGUGGAUUACCAGGUACCAGAAUGGGCAGAAUUUGAAUAUAGACCGCUAUCAAAUAUGGCUGAAGUUACUUGAUGCCCACCCGUUGUUGGAAAUUUCUGCUAAUCUGGUCUACGGCACCUUUCUACGACUGUGUGUGGAUGUGACACCAGCACUCCUCGCCAUCCUCAAAGGUUCACUAUCUACUCAAGAGAUACAGGAUAUAUAUGGUUGCUUUCAGACGAUUGAGAAGAUUCUGCUUGCAAUCAUAAAGGAAAACAACCUGCAUGAGCGCUUGAUGUCCUUUAAGACGCUAGAGGUCAUGCCGGUGCUAUCUCAGCUGUUCUUAAUUGUUGACAAGCUUCUACAGAAUGAUGCCGCUGAAACUGUCGUAAGUGAACUACAGGAGCUUCAGAAGAUUAUGGCUGAAGCUGAGCUUGAACUAGUAGAAGCACCCGCUGAUGCUACCUCAGAAAAAUCUCUCGAUGACUUACCGCCCGAAGAGCAUACCCCACCUGAGGUGAUGAUCAGACUUCAAAAAUACGAAGAAAUGCUACAAGAAAAGGAAACAGCCAUAGAGGAACUGAUGUUAAAAGUCCGUGUGCUUGACAUUAAAAAUGAGAAAACAAAAGAGCAUGAGAACACUAUAAUGAAGUUGCGGGGAGAGCUUGACGAGCUUAAAGAAAAGAAUCAAUCCCUUCUCAAGAAGUCAGAUGAGCUACAAAAGACAAGCGCACUAUUAGAAGAAAGAAUACAAAAAGAGAGAGCUAAUCGGUAUACGUUGAUUUCCACAAAAGGAUACUCUGAGCUUUUGGAAGAGAAACUAAAGAUGGAGAAAUUAGACUUGAUCUCCGAAAUUAGUGACCUAAGGAAAGUUAUUCGGUCCCUGGAACACGUAGAAACUCCAGAUUCUCUCAGCUGGCUAAAAGAGUCACUUACGAUGGAAAAAAUGCGUAGCCCACCUAUAAGGACAAAAGUCAACGAACUGCUAAACGUGCUACAAAUGUCGGUGAGAAACUGUGACGUCCUCCCUAUAUCGGGUCCGCAACAUGAGUGGCAACCGAAGCAUAAGAUCGUCAAGUACCAUUUGUCUACUUUGGUUGAAAGGGAGGCAUUGAUUAAACGCAUGACUAACAACAUAUAUACCUAG